AUGAGUGCAACGGGCGGUUCGGCGGGGCUCUCCCCGCGCUCCAGAAGGCUGGCAACCCCCCACAGCUCAUCCAGGUACUCCAGUUCUCAGCCUCAGAGUCAGGGGGACUCUACUCCUCUCCCUUCAAUCAAUGAACGCCUGGCCUUCCUUCGCCCUUCCCGGGAGCUGCUGGAAUACUACCGCAAGAAGAUUGCCGACUUUGAUGAGGAGCAUGAGGACUUGGUAAAAAGGCUGGAGAGAUACAAAGAAACAUACGAUGAACAGCACAAAUUGCAAUGGGAAGUACGUCAGCGAGAAGAGGAGAUUGCAGAGUUGCAAAAGGCUUUGAGUGACAUGCAAGUCUACCUCUUCCAGGAGAGGGAACACGUGCUCCGUCUUUACUCUGAGAAUGACCGGCUGAAAAUCAGGGAAUUGGAGGAUAGGAAAAAAAUUCAACAUCUUCUGGCUUUAGUGGGAACAGAUGCAGGAGAAGUUACGUAUUUUCACAAAGAGCCGCCACAUAAGGUUACUGUUCUGCAAAGGCCAGCUAAAUCCAGAGAUUCACAUGAAGGAAAUGACAGUUCUAGAACAGGCACCAAGAGGAGCACUUCAAAACAAGCAGGAAAAGGAGACAUACAUGAAAGUCCUGAGAGAUAUCAGAGAGACAACCAAACGCUUCUACUUCAGGUGGAGGCCCUGCAAGCUCAGAUAGAAGAACAGACACGCUUAUCCAAGGAACAGCUUCAGGCAUUACUAGAGGACAGGCGGAUUCACAUGGAAGAAGCCCAGGUCCAGCACCAGAGAGACCAGGACAAGAUUAAAACUUUAACAGAUAAACUCAACAAGACUCAAAAUCUCUUAUAUGAGAGUACCCGUGACUUUCUCCAGCUGAAGUUUGAUGUUCGAGCCAGUGAGAAAGCGUGGAUGGUAGAGAAGGACAGUCUGCUGAGGAAGAUUGACAAAGAUUCGGAUCAGCUUAUCGGCAGGGAGCCGGAAAGAGAGAAGAAGCAGAGAGACACCAAGAUGCUUCAAGCAGAUCAUGAAGCUGGGAAACCCCACAGUAGAGGAGUAAAGUCACUGCAAGAAGAACUCAUGCAGGAACAGCAACUAUCAAACAUGUACAGAGAACAGUGUAUCGCCCUGGAAAGUGAGCUGGCUAGGAUUUGUGAAGAGAGAGAUGCUGGCAGAGAACUCUUUAAGAAACGCUCAGAAAAGAUGGGGAAGCGCCUGAAGCUGGUGACUCAACGAUACGAGGCCUUGGAAAAACGUCGUACUAUGGAAGUGGAAGGCUUUAAGAAUGACAUUAAACAGCUUCGGCAGAAACUGAGAGAUGUAGAGAAGCAGCUUUUUAAGGUGACUCUGAAUAUUGGACCGGACCAGGAUCUUGCAAUUCUACAUGAGGUUCGGCAAGGAAACAGGCUAACCCGUAAACUUCAAGAAGAAUUAAAAUACUUAAAAGCAAAAAUCUAUGGCUUAGAGAAUGAACUACGAGUCUGCUGAAGCUGAGGUUUUAGUUGGCAUCAUAGUUUUAGGAAUGGGACGUUGCCUGUUUACUGGCAUCCAGUAACAGAAGGCUUGAAGAAAUCUGUAGUUAGGAAUGUCAUAACAUCCAUCGGUGAUACACAAGCCAUUCCUAACAUGCCAAAUUAGGUUGCUGUGUCUGUUGAUGCGCACAUGCUGAGUCUGAUCCAGAAAGUACCAGAAGACUGAUACAUCAGGAGCGUUCUUAUGACUUUUUCUUACUUUCCUAACUGUGGUGUAAGGAGUGGUGUAUACUGGUCUUAAACUUUAUUUGGAGCAUAUUAGAAAGCAGAAAUGUAAACUUAAUGACCACUGAAAGAUCUAGUUCAAGAUCUGAAUUGCUUUGCUCACCUUUUCCUAUGUGAGAAAGAGCUUUUAAAAUGUUUUCAAUGAUUACUGUUUUGGUACCUAAGUAAUUCAGGAUGUAACUGGAAAUUUUCUUUGAAAAAGACCUCGCACAGAAAUUUUGUACUAAGAUGUAUGACAUCCAACUCUAACUUUUACAAUAUAACUACUUUUAAAUAGCUUCCCUUUGAUUAUUUCUAACCUAGCUGGGACAAACCUGACUGAUUUUAAUAUGGUGGAAAAAGAUAACAUUUUAGGGAACUCAUCUGGAAGAAUGAGCAGUAUCUACUCUUGUUUGGAAUAGCUGGGGGGAGGGAGAUACCACACUAUGAAGAGUCAUCUUCCCAUCCCCUUUUGCCUAGCCCAUCUUAACUCAUGCAGGAGGCUCAUAAUAGAAAGCAUAUACCAUCUUCCUUAGCCACUGUAGUAUCUGCCUUUGUAGCUUUAAACUAUACUAUGGUUAUGUACCAACAAGGCAUGAUCAGGUUUUGCUUCAGCUGCUGCAUAGCUGUAACUGAAAUUGAGGUUGAAGAGCAGAUGUCUGGUUGCUACAUGAGGAAUAUAGCCUCCUUCACUUCUGUACCCUCUGCUGGAAAUCUUGCUAUCCCUUAUGGUCCUAUACUGUGGCUUUCACUGGGCACAUGUAUUCUUGAAGUCACAUUCAUCAUAGACAAACUUCAUUGUGGGUGGCUGACAAUCUGUAUCUAGGUGCUCAGCCACUACUAAAAUGGGCUCUUUUAAAGUGUGUUGUCACUGACUAGUUUAGCUGAAGAUGAUGAACCAGUUCAGAAACUGAUUCGUGGACAGCUUAGAUGCCGAUGCCAUGCAGAUAGUAAUUUAGCCUCACCCCUUAGCUGAUGAGUACUCUCUCACAUAAGUCUAGCUAAUUAAAGGAAGCUUGUAUGUGAGAUACUAUUCUACCAGUUUGAAGAUAGAAUAUAAAAAAAUAUAUAUUACAGGUCCUGAAAGGCAACGUCUGAAAAAAUGCUACAUAAUAAAUUAUUAGCCACUUAGCAAGAUCUAUCUACUUAAAUUCAAAGAAAGGAAGAGAAAGAAGGAUGGAAAUGUUUAAUUUCCUGUCUUCCUUACCAAUAUUUCUUAUUACUUGAAAGACUGAACAGAAUGAACUGGCAACAUUCCUAAUAUUUGCUGUCACUUCUGCAUCAAAGUACGUCUUGGACUUUAUUUUUCAUCUGUCGUUAGGUUAUGAACCUUUCCUAUAUGAGGUGAGUAGGGGGAAGAAAUUACAAUAGUGCUGAUCUGUAAAUUCGUUUUAUUUGGAAGGUUGAAUGUUUGUCCAAGGGCCGGAAGUGCAGGGUAUUGUGUGUGUUUUUUCUGUGUGACAUCACGUGAUUAUGUGCAAUGUUGCUUUCAUGUUGCCAAAACAAAUGGGGACCUUCAGGCCAAGAACUGCUUUAAAAAGUCAAGUACUUUCUACUACCAGCAACUGCCUUUUAAGGCAUUCUUGGCAUUUCCUAGUGGUUUCCUGAAAAAGGUUCUGAGACCCACGUUAGUCCAUUUUCUUCCACAAUUUUUAUGUAGGGAAAUAAAAAAUCAUUUGCUCCAAAGAUGAGCUUUUUGGUCAAUUGA